AUGAGACCAGUAGUCUGGAAAUGCCUUAUGUUCAAGAAUGAUGCAAGACCAAAGGCAAGCUUUCUAAUGUGGUUGGUAUUGCAGGGGAGGUUGGCUACAGCAGAUAGGCUAAUGCGAUGGGGUAUAACAAUGGACAAUACUUGCUCUUUGUGUCAAGCUGAACUGGAAACUAGAGACCACUUGUUUGUAGAAUGUGACUAUGCUAAGGCUAUAUGGAGGACAAUGCAGAAAUGGCUACAAUGGCAACAAGCACCAGAUGAAUGGAAUCAGCAUGCUACUUGGGCUAUCAAAAGGGCUAAAGGGAAAUCUAAACAAGCUCAACUAUUCAAACUGGUAUAUGCGGAAUGUGUCUAUGCUAUAUGGAUUGAAAGGAACAAUAGAGUAUUUGAAAAGAAGGCUAGAAGUUGGGAAGCAAUUGCUCGAGAAAUUGUCUAUACUUGUCAUGUGCGAGCUGGCAGUAAAGUUCAAGAACUACUGGAAAAUUUUUCAUUUUACGUGUUAAGGAAAUUAGUUUAG